AUGGCAACCAGCAGCAGUAGAGAAGAACGAAGACGAAGAAUAAUGUCCAGGGGAGAGGAUCGUCUAGCUCUCAUCACAGGCAAAAGCCAUAGCCUCCCUCCUGAUCGUGAUUUCUCCGAUGAGUCAUCCCCACGAAUCAGUGCUGCUUUACUUAAUGCCCCAGUCUCCAAAUCGCUGAAACAUGACACUGAUGUUCGGGUUUCUGGGAUAAAGAGAUAUGAUGAAAUUGUAAACCAAAUUGAACACCAAAAUGAGACUAGAAAAGAAGCUCCUGCUGUACAAGACAUGAUCAAAUCUCAGCCAGCACCGGCGAAAUCAAUGGUUCAAAAUAGAGAAGGAGCUCCUGCUGUACAAGACAAGAUCAAAUCAGAGCCAUCACCAGCGAAAUCGAUGGUUCAAAAACCAUCAAAUGACACACAGCCAAUCCCAAAACCAACCAGGGUUAAUCAACCUAGUCUUUUCUCUUGCCAAAAAGUGCAUUCCUGCAUAAUCUCUUCUCAGAAUAUUCGAAGCUUUUGUGCUCUCAUUUUAGGCCUCUUGGUAGUUCUAUCAUACAUUGAUUAUGGAAUUUUUAGAAUAAAUAUAGUGAACUCAGAUUGGAUUGCAGCCUUUAGGCCCCUUUACAUUCUUUUGUUAACUGAUGUAACAAUUGUGCUUGCACAAGUGCUUCUCGGGGGGCGAUCGAACUCGGAAGGAGAGAAAGAAAAAGUGAUAACUGAGGAAGAAGAGGAUAGCUUAACACAAGCAGUUGAAGUUAUGGAGAAAGGCUUGGCGGUGUACACGAUUACCCGGGCAGUUUUUAUUGAUUUCAGUAUUUAUGUUGUAGUUGUUGUUUGUGGCCUCUCUUUAAUGUAG